AUGGGCCGGCUUCCCGGGCUCUUUGUGGGCCGCGAGCUAGGGCAGCAGCACCCUUCCUGUUCCCUCCCUGCUGGCUCCUGGUGUCCGGGGAAGGCGCCCCCACCCGCUGCUCCCCCUCUGCCGCGGCACCCUCCCCGCGCAGUGACCCUGCUCAGUCCCAAGGGCGUGGGUCACCUGCCCGAGGACUUCAUGUCUGUGUAUUUUCCCCUGCACUGCCUGAGAUCCGUGGAGAUGACCGAAGUUAUGAUGAACACCCCAGCCAUGGAAGAGAUUGGCCUCAGCCCCCGGAAGGAUGGCCUGUCCUACCAGAUCUUCCCAGACCCCUCUGACUUCGACCGCUGCUGCAAACUCAAGGACCGCCUGCCCUCCAUCGUGGUGGAGCCCACAGAGGGGGAGGUGGAGAGCGGGGAGCUGCGGUGGCCCCCCGAGGAGUUCCUGGUCCCUGAGGAUGAGCAGGACAACUGUGAAGAGACAGUGAAGGAGACCAAGGAGCAGUAGAGCCCCAGCCAGCUCCCCCGGGGCCCCCUGCGGCAGAGUCGGCACCCAAACUGUGUCCUUUCCCCAGAGUGAUGGGAGGAGAGAGUCGGCCACUAGAGUUCUGAAAAUGGCAAGCUCAGGCUUCCGUUUUGCACCUGCAAAUCACUGAGUUGGUUUCCUUUUCUUUUCUCUCUCUCUCUCUCUUUUUUUUUUUAAAUAUAUGCAGGGGGGUGGGUAGUGGAGCCCUGGUCUGCACUUUGCAGAGCCUUCUGAGAAAGGAAGCUGCAGGGGUUCGGUGCAGGCUAGCGGUACACCUAGGAGAGAGAUCACUAUCUGAACCCCAGCAGGCUCGGGGCGCUGGGGGGAGUCCAGUAGGUAAGGGUGGGGGGGUGCUGUUGUGCAAAAGCCUGCAGACAGACAUAGAGCUCUAGAGAUAAAAUGCACGAAUCUGAGGAGACACAGCAGAGCUCAGCUGAAGCUAGCUAUGCUCAGAGACCCCAGCUCAGACAGCAGAGUCCCCAUCUCUCUCCACUGCUGGUCUUUGCUUUGAUUCCAGGGGUGUUGGUUUGUCAUGGGGGUAUGGGGAAGGAGAUGGGGUAUGGGAAAGACCUUGGCUUUCUGCAAAACAGCCUUGGAGGAUGGUCUCCAGACUCCCUGUUCCCUGCUGCUGCAGUUCCUAGGGAUUCUCGCGCCCCCACCUCCCCCCACCCCGAAAUCUAGAGGGUUUUUUUUUUAAAUAGAGGCAGUGCUUUUGUGCUUCUCUCCCUCUGACUUGCCCUUUCUGGCCCUAGCCCUUUGGGGUGGAUGGAGAGUAUUACUUGCUGCACCUAGCAGAGGCCCAAUGCAGCAGGCUCGCUGGGGCCAGCCCAUUUCCAGCACUCCCCCCCACCCCCCAGACUUGGAGGGCACCCUGGCCUUUUUCUCUUUCUAGCUGGAGUUGGGGCUUUUAUGUAGGUCCCAAGAGCUGGCAGAGCUGAGGGUUACUGGAGGGAUAGUGAGCUCUGGGGCUCGGGGGACACUUAAGGGUGUCAUGGGACCCCGGGCAUCUUCCUGGGUGAUUCUCAUGCAGGUGGAAGGACAGGGUGCUGAGGGGCCUGAACAUUGCCUCCCCCUCCCACCUGCCCCCUGCAAGGGCACAGCUGCUGGAGAAAGUUCUCCUUGGUCUUAGAGCCUCUGGUCAGAGUUAAGAACCUUCUGGAGCAGGAGUUUGUAGGGCAAGCUCUUCAAACCAUCUCAUCUCAGAGCAGGACCGUGGCCAAGAGGUGGGCUCCAGAGCCUCCCCGGGGCCCGGCGCCUCCUGGUCCAUCAGGCCUCCCGUCCAUAUCCCCAGACUUCCACCCCCAGUUUUGAACUUGCACGUAGAGAUGUAUUUUAUACCUCAAGGCUAGUGUGACUCUGAGAGUGCUGAGGCAGAUGGGCAACGGUGAGAGUGGGCAAGUUCACAGGAUUGGGGUUCUGGGGAGCUCCCCGUACCCACUCUGUGUCUCAGUGCUGUUUGUCUGCUUGUAUCUCACCCACUGAUGGCAAUAACUCUUUUUAGCCCCCUGGGGAACUACAGGAUCUUGGAAGCUGCACCGUGCAUGGGGGUUCUCUCUCGCUCUUUCCUCCUGUUCUGUUGGGGCUGCAGAGAGCCUGCCCUCCCGCCUCUCUCCCGCCGCAGCAUUUCUCAGCCUGCAACUCCCUUUGUGGAUGGGGUCUUGCCUUUGAACUUCCUGUGUACCCGUGUGCCCCUCGGCUCCCCUGUGUCUACUGUCCCUGUCUUGCCCAUGUGAUGGAAACGUGCUUGUGAAGUGCAUAACAAACCUACUCUGUGUAUAUGUGUGUUUGGGGGUGGGUGGGUGGUGGUUUCUUCUUUUCUGCCUGUCGCCAGACAGCUUUGGAUGACCAUGUGGAGUCUGACAACUAAAACCAGACCCCGGAGUGUUCCUUGGGGGACCCAGCCCCUCUUGGAGUGGCUGAGCUCCCAUCUGGCUUCCUCUUGUGUUACUUUUUUUUUUUUUAAGUAACUUGUGUGUAUUUCUAACUGAUCGUGUUGAAAAAAAGAAAAAAAAAACCUAGUAUUUCAGUAAAAAUGCCUGUUGUAAGAUGAACCUCCUGUAACUUCUAUCUGUUCUUUUAUGAGGCUCAGGGAGAAACUAGCAUUUUUUUUUUUCAAACUACUUUUUUGUCACUGUGACAGUUGUAAAUAAAGUUUGAAAAUGCUUUCCA